AUGCCAAUCACUGGACAUCCUGUACAUCCCACCGGCACCCAGGUCGUAGCUCACUUAGAACGCCUUGCUGCUGCCGCGGGAGCAAACGGUCUUCACACUCCCAGCCACACGCAAAACACAAGUCACACGCAAAACACGAGUGCCCUCACCCAACGUGCCAGUACUAAUACUACUGAGGUGCCAUCGACUGCCACAGCCAAGCCUCCUCGCAAACGCAACAAGACCAAGGGUAAAAACAAACGCAACAAACACAAGCGAGGAGACAAUGGCUCCGGUUCCGAAACCGAAGAUGAGCCGAUAUUCAACCCAGCCAAUUUGAAAAACUCCGACAAGACCGCGCUUCAGCUUCGUUACUUAGCAGAGAAACAUUCCACGUCGGGAAUGUCGGAUGAAAUACUCGAGUCUGUACUUGAGUUCCAUGAAGAAAUGCAAACUUUGAUUGCAAUCAAAGCCCUCGAACUUGGUACCACCGUCUCGGCCAUCGAAGCAGUUUUUGGAAAGUAUAUUGGUGUUCGUCGCCCUUCGCGAUGGAACCGAUUCUUACAAAGCCCGAGAGCCAGGGCCAUAUUCAAAGAAGCUCGCGGGAUUGGUAGCGGCGAAGGCAUGAGACAACUGAGUGCGGUGUGGAAAAGCAUGACCGAAGCCGAAAAGGAUGUCUACAAGGAGGCCACCCAAGAGACCGAUCCGGCCAGCCUUCAAGCUAUGGACAAAGACCUAGCAAGCCUGGAAGUUGGGUCUCGCUCUCGAGACCAACUACUACAGUCUGGUUCAAAUACUGUAAUCAAUGCUCGGAGUCUCAAAAAAUACAAGGAUAAUGCCGACAGAUAUAUAGAUGACCUUAUGAAACAUUGUAUUCCGGUUGCCGAAUCCAACCACUUCGAGAUGAUUGUUGUAGCUGUAUCAAACCAUAUAUCGGAUCAUAGCUUUCAGAUGACGCGCUCAACGGUAGGGGUCAAGAAAAUUGUCGAGGAGAUAUACGCAAUCGAUGGCGUCAAUAAAUUCGCAACAGAAGUACAAGCACACUUGGUCGGUCGAAAACCCAGCGAGCUGGCCAAAUCACAACCUGCCGCAAGUUUCAUGCCAGGGUGGUCGGGUCCCUCUCAACUUAUUGUAGGAGUGACCGGCUUGAAACAUUGGCCAUGGAGUACUUGUGACACCACUUUCAAGGAAGCCGGAUUCAAAUUCACUUUACUCCCUGGUGCCCGAUCGGUUGAAGAAACCUUCAAGACCAAAAGCAACAACACAAGCCGUGCCAAACUUUUGGCCAUUGAAAGCGACCUCGAGAACAACUUGAUACACCUAGCCCCCAUCAACCAAACCUCUUCGGCUCAAACUCAACGCACCGAAAACAAUGAACAUACUGCUAACAUUGGGACAGCCAAUAACUCUGAUAUCCAAUAG